AUGGCCGCAGCAAAGGAGCUCUACGAGCUCAAGGUGACCGAUGACUUUCACCCUAAUUACCAUGUUGACUACGUGAUCGAUUUCCGUGUUGCAACCCCCAGGUUGCGCCAGCGUGAAGCCGAAGAGCAGUUCGCGAAGCUUAUCCAAACUCUCAACAAUGUUGGCCUGUCCGCAGAAGUCCGAAAAGGAGACAAUGCCGCCUUGUUGAUAUUCGUCAAGGUGGCGUCCGAGAAGCACUUGAGAACAGAGGUGUACCGAUCGAGAGUCCAGGACUGGCUGUAUGGCGUACGGAGUGCGGCCCCAGAGAAGGACAUGCAGAAGGCAAUUGAUGAUGAGCCGAUCACCGAAGCCGAACGCCUACGACUGACAUAUCUGUUGAUCACCAAAUCACCAAGCGACGGUGGAGCUGGCAUCACCCCUAAGGAAGGGGAGUGGAAGAGAGUGGAGUCGAUCUUUGCUCUCCAUGACCACGCCUUCAACAAGGCUUGGCUCAAGGACAUUGCCUCGAAAUCAUUUCUGGACGCUUCGGACUUGGUUCGGAUUAAGGACAAGUUUGGAGAGAAGAUUGCAUUCUACUUUUCCUUCUUACAAUCCUAUUUUCUCUUUCUCACAUUCCCUGCUGGCUUCGGAUUCUGCGCCUGGCUGUUGCUUCCAAAAUUUUCGCCAAUUUACGCCGUUGUAAACGCACUAUGGACAGUUGUGUUUGUAGAGUACUGGAAGAAACAGGAGACGGAUCUUGCUGUCCAGUGGGGUGUGCGAGGAGUGUCCAAGAUCCAACGCAAGCGACCGGCUUUUCAACAUGAGAAUAUCGUGAGAGAUCCGAUUACUGGAGAGGACGUCAAAAUAUACUCUCCUGUGAAGAGGUUGUCUAAGCAGUUGCUGCAAGUUCCGUUUGCAAUUGGGGCCGCUCUUAUUCUUGGGAGUUUGAUUGCGACAUGCUUCGGGAUUGAAAUUUUCAUUUCGGAAGUCUACGAUGGUCCCUUCAAGACGUACCUGGUCUUCUUACCCACUGUCAUUCUCACCACUGUGAUGCCGGCAUUGUCUGCGUUCCUGACGGGCUUUGCUUCUCAGCUGACAGAUAUGGAGAACUACGAAACCCAAGAUGCAUACGAGGCCGCAAUGGUAUCCAAGAUCUUCAUCCUGAACUUUAUCACAUCAUACCUCCCAAUUAUCCUUACCGCUUUCGUCUACGUUCCAUUCGCACAGAUUAUCGUGCCCUAUCUCGACGUCUUUCAGCUAGCUGUUCGACCAUUUGCUGAAAAUGAAAAGCAAAUGUCGGCACCAAAAGUCGGGUUUCAGAUCAACCCUGACAGACUGAAGAAGCAGGUGAUCUACUUCACAUUCACAGCACAGGUCGUCAGCUUUGCUCUUGAAGUUAUCGUUCCAUUCGCCAAAAGAAAGGUCUUCCACAAGGUAAAGGAGGUCCAGGCCGAUAGAGCUGCUAAGCGAGGCGAAGACCCCGGUGCUUCGACCGAAGACCACCCAGAAGAAGCUGAAUUCUUGGCGCGGGUUCGCAAUGAGGCAGAGCUAGAUGCCUACGAUGUAACGAUUGACUUUAGAGAGAUGAUCGUUCAAUUCGGCUACUUGUCUCUAUUCUCCGUCGUCUGGCCAUUGACUGGAUGCUCAUUCUUCGUCAACAACUGGAUCGAGCUCCGCGGUGACGCCACGAAGAUCGCUCUCGGAUCUCAACGUCCAGUACCAUGGAGAGGCGACUCCAUAGGACCUUGGCUAGACGCCUUGGGAUUCCUCGCUUGGCUUGGAAGUCUGACCUCAGCAGCACUCGUUUACCUCUUCAGCGGCAAUGGUCUUGGUCCUUCAGGUACACCAUGGGAUAUCAAAUUCUGGGGGCUCCUGCUCGCUGUGUUUUUCUCGGAACAUAUUUAUCUUGCCGUGCAACUGGGAGUCCGUAAAGCGAUAAGUAAAUUCGAUAGUCCUGGAUUGCAGAAGGAGAGAUCUGAGAGAUAUCUCGUCCGGAAGAAAUACCUCGAAGAAAGCAUCGGCAACGAACAAGCUGACGUAGCAGCCACAGACGGCAUCGCUGCCGGCGGAAAAAUCAGUAGGGCUACGCUUGAAGAAGAAGCGAAGCAUUCGACUCUGGGUGGGCGUGGGACUCCUGAGCAGAGGUUUUGGGGAAGGCAGCAGGGGCAAGCGGAGACGAUUGCUAUUGGGAGGGCGUAUAUCCAAAAGGCCGCUCCGAAGGCGAAGGAGUCGAAAAAGGAGUUGUGA